UGUGACCUAAUUUCCUGUUUAUGUGCCUGUAGCUUCAUGCUAAUAAGGAUAUUUUUUGAUACCUCCACCCAGAAACGGGGAAGACAAAAAAUGUCUACAAAGACAUUAAUAUGAAUAGCAAAAGGAUAUAGCGCUUAAACUGCUUAUUUAACUAUUUAACGUGUUCUUUAUUCAAUGAGAACGUAUUUUGACAACGGUAACGUUACUGGUACGGAAAUCAAAAUGCCUUGCAAAAUCAGCAGCUGAACAACAAUGACAGUCAUGAGCACGCGGCAAUGAGCAGCACCAAGCAUGUUCGGUUUAAUAGCUGCGGCAACAGCGUCCUGCCAGAAUCGCAUAGAGAUGCAGAGGUCUCUGAAACUUGAGAUCAUGUGUUCAACAAUGAACUACCGAGGAAGACUGGACCGCAAUUAAAACUGCUUCCUUUGAAUGACCAAAUACGAGAAUUAUCAUUAGAGACAAGUGACAGGUUCUUCUGCAUCGUCAUCAAGGAUGGCUGGGAGCUGCACCAGCCGAGCCACUGGUCGUAGCUAAGUCCAACCCUUGACCUGGAUAGAAGCAGUCCAAAUAUGUCCAUCAGUUCCGGGGGAAGCCUUCCCAACAGGCCAGAAAGCUUGAGGGAGCUGAGGGUCCACGAUGAGAACCACUUGAUCCACACGGUGUUUCCCUAGGAUGUUACUGGAGUCAUACAAAACCUGAGGAAGAGAUACAUCAUAGCGUCCCAUGAGUAGGAGGCUCAGUGUGACGGGAUCUGGGUCCGUGAAAAUGAUGAGAGUAGUGGUUGAAGAGGGACUCAAUCAGCUGCCAUACAGCGAGUGUACAGUGACCACUCCCACAGGGCAUAAGUAUGAUGGCGUGAAGUUUGAGAAAGGCAACUGCGGUGUCAGCAUUAUGAGAAGCGGCGAGGCCGUGGAGCAGGGACUCAGAGACUGCUGCCGGUCCAUCCGUAUCGGUAAGAUCCUCAUCCAGAGUGACGAGGACACUCAGAAGACCAAAGUUUACAACGCCAAGUUCCCCCUAGAUAUCAACAGGAGGAAAGUCCUCCUAAUGUAUCCCAUUCUCACUAAGUAUGUAUCAUCAUGUACAGGUAACACAGUGAUUGAGGCUGUGAGAGUUCUGACUGAACAUGGUCUCUGGGCCAAACAUAUCCUCCUGAGCCACUUCUCCACCCCUCACAAGCCCUCAACUCUAAUGGUUGUGUCCAUCAUUCAAGAGUUCCCAGAGAUCACCAUACUGACCACCGAGGUGUACCCUGUGGCUCCCACACACUUUGGCCAGAGGUACUUUGGGACAGACUAGUCAGCCCUCCAGGGCCAUUCAUUGGGAUACCAUAUUAUGAGAACCAACCAUUGAAUGGUCCCUCUCUCUGUCCGAUGUAAAUUUGUCCACUUAUUUCAAAAGGACUUGUUACCCUGCUGAAGAAUGCAGCUUUGCUCUGUACGCCGCCUUAACCUGUGCUCCUCAGUCUGACACAAACAAUGCAAAGAUUAUCCUGGAAACAAGAAAAGCACAUUCCAUGCAGGUCUUUUAGGAACUAGUCUAGCGGGCUUGCAUGUACUGCUGCCAUUUUAUUUAUUCAGUUAUGGUAGUUAAUUCUAGGUUGUUUUCUCUCAACAGAAAGUCUAAAAAAGUCAAAUAAUUAAAAUAUAUAUUUUUCAAUGUAUUCUAUUGUCGUCAUUAUUA